AAAAGUGGGACUACGUAAUGGUUGACAAUUGACACGGAAGAGAAGGGUAGAAAGUUAUUGCCAAGAAAAAUCAAAAUGACUAAACUUGGCAGCAGGAAAAGUCUUCUAAUUCCAUCUACGACACUGAUAUUUAUAUUAAGUGCAUGUUUUAGGUUAAAUGCUGCUUUUGGAUCAUUUGAUUCAGUCCUAGAUGAUGUGAGCAGUUGCUCCGAGACUUGCGAAAACACAUACCCCAUGCACACAUACCCGGAGAACGACAAUUUGGUAGCAUGUCAGCGUGGUUGUCGUCUGCUGUCUAUUGUUGAAUUUGCUGACGAGGGCAUGACGGAUUUAAACAAUACUUUAACCACAUGUGAAGGCGCAUGCAAAGAAGCAUAUGAUGAUAUGAGUGAAGGUGCAUGUUUUGCCUGCUGUCUUGGAUGCGCAAGCCAAGUACCAUACAUCAUGCAGCUAAGGGAAAAGUAUGCCCAAAUGGAACCAGUGAUUCACUUGCUGACACCACUGCUCACAAUGCAGAACAUAUACCGUGAGAUUGUGGACAAUGCUCACGGAAUGAUCAUGAGUUCCUGGUCGGUGUUCAUGCAGUCCGACAACGGCAUUGUCUAUGUAUUUGAGUCGAAACCAAGAGUCGAUACCUUUACACUUCAGUCACAGUAUCUAAAUGAAGAUCAGGUUUUAGUGGUGGAUGAUGUCGUCGACACUUCACCAUCGUAUGACAGCAGCUACACGUCCAACACGAGUGAUUGGUUGUCCUGCGUUUCAUAUCGGUCUGGCCUCCCUGAAUGGCUCAUUUCACUUAUCCUCUUCCUGUCGUCUGCCUCUAUGAUCUGGCUUGGAUUUGCCUCGUGUUCGACAGCUAAACCACAACGAGUCAUAACACCCAAGAAAACAUAUAAGUACUUAGACCCAGAAUGGGAGGAUCUGAUGAAGAAGUACCCUGUAUGUGUGGCUGAAUCGUUUGACCAGGGCUCAAUGGCAGAGCCGCUGCCCAUUAAGGUGGACAUACGGCACGAGAAUACUAGUAUAUAACUUAGUUGCAAUAAAAUGGGAUGAAGUUACCCCAGGAAUUAUGUAUGCUAUGACAAUGCAUAGUAUUUUUGUUUGUUUUUAAAAAUAUUACUAGUUUAGUAAAUACAAAACUGUUCAAUUUGAACAGUAAUGGCAUUAUACUAUUUUGGUGACAUGGUCACAUUAAUGGUCUUUGUCACCAUACUAUGUCUUGGUUAAAUUUGGUUUGUCUUGGGUUUUUGAUUUAUGUAUUUGUUUAAAAUAAUUUGGUAUUGUUGUGAUAUUGACAUUGUUUCUAUCAAUUUAAAAUUGUGGUUUUUCUGAGCAUAUACUGUUUAUAAGGGACCAUAUAAACUUCUGUACAAUCGUCGUUUUGUGAUUGUUUUAAAAAAUAUUACCUUUUUUUAAGUAUUUGGGGAGGAAAACCUUGGCAUAAAGUCGUACUAUAAUACAUUGAAUUUCAGUGUUUGGUAGCUAUUCAAUACAGACAGGGUUUCUUGCUGUGGUGGGAUUGAAACUUGAAAGAAGAAGAUUCCUUUUCUAUUUUAGGUUUCAUAACUGAACAAAUUUAAAUCAAUUAAUCUGUACUAAUUAAUAUUCAUUAGUGUUUAUUAAUGAUAACAAUAUAAUAGUAUAGGUCAUUGUUAAAUUGCUGUAGUUUUUGUUGAUAAUUUGAGAUAUUUCACCCACAUAUAUUUUUUUACCCAAAAAUUGUUAUUCAGUAUUAAUAUGUUACAUUUAAUUUAAUUUUCUUGAUAAAUUGAUUUGGAAAUUUCAUUGGUAUUCUGAAGAUUUGGUCUUAAACUGGAUCUUUUAGUUGUCUGUGUUUUUUACUGUAUUUCUAUGAAACAUAAAAUAAUGUGCGUAAAGUGUUUUAACAUUAAACGUAAGCAUUGUAUGUCAAUUAUUUGUUAAAUUCACUACUGUAAUUCCUUUGGUAUAUAACUCCCUUUGAACAAAAAUUUGGGGAAAUUUUUGGGGGUGGAGUUAUACCCGACUAAUCCCCUUUUUAAUCAAAUGUUAAUUUCCCAGCACUGUUUGCCUAAUUCAAAGCCAAUAUUCGAUAUUUUUUUGCUGAAAAUAUUUGUAAAUUUUAGCUGGUAUGUAGAAUUGGGCAUAAAGUAAUAAUGUGUUUAUUUAUACUCAAGGAACUACGGUACUAGAAUAUAAUAAUGUUUAUUUAAUAAAGAAAAGCUGUAUUUUAUCACAGGCAACAUAUCUUUAAAUUUUAAUUCAUAUGGGUUCAUUAUUAAUGAUUGGUGUAUUUUGGAUAAUUAUUGGUUAGAGGCUUUUCUGUUUUUUUAUCAAUGAAUUUGCCUCUUUAUCUAAAUGACCAAGGUGGACAAUAUUUAAGUGUAAACCGAGUUCAUUAUACUGUAUUGCUCCUAAGCACUUGGAUGCAUGUAUGGUCUGCGAAUAUGUACUUCAAUGUAAAAUAUAUAAUAACAAAAUGA